UUUCUGAUAAAUCUUGUUUUUAGAGUUGUGUUUUUUAUAAAGAACAGAGGUGGCUAUUGUGUCAAAAAUCAUGAAUAAUUUUAAGCGAACAGUUUUUGGAAUAUCAUUAGAUAAAAGUCUUAUCAUUUACAAAGAAAGACAGAUAAAUAGAUUUCUUAUUUAUUUGUGAAACAUUGUAGUGUUAGUAGGCCUGUGAAUUGCACCUAAUCAAUCGGCAGUGGUCUAUCGUGAUGCUCAUUCAAAAAGAAAUUAUUUAUUUAUUAUUAGUGUUAGUUUUCCAGAUGGGGGAAAUGGAUACACUGAAUGACCCGUAUGAAAAAUGCCUCCAAGAUUCCAAUUUAGAGCUGUUCAACACAGAUGAUAUCUAUCUGGAAAUUGUCAUAUCCCCCUUGAUUAACGCGAAGUCCGAAGCUGCAAAUGAAAUGAGGAUAAUCUGGUAUGACGAGUUAUUUGGGCCAGGAGAUGAAAUAAUACUUUAUGGCAAUGAGACAAAAUUAUUCUCAGCACAAUUAAGUGCUGAAAGCGGACAACUAGACACUGGAAUAUUUUUUGACGACCAAGGCGAUAUGCAAUAUGUAGCAACUUUUCAAAAAGAAAAUAAAACAGUCACAAAAUCAUAUUUCAAAAAGUACCCUAGAUGGAUGAACGCAAAUAAAAAAUACUUAGAAGACUUGUAUGUGUAUGAGGCAUUCAUUCCUGGUACGCAUCAAUCUGCGGCAUAUUACGGCAACAAUAGAAAAACGUUAGUGAUCUACAACUACCUUUACACACAGGACUUGAACAUUUAUGAUCAACUCAUGCACGGAGUGAGAUAUUUAGACCUGAGAAUUGGCCACUAUAACAGCACUGAUGAAAAAUGGUGGUGCAAUCAUGAUUUGUUGCCAAUGAGGCCUUUGAAACCAGUACUGGACCAAGUGAAAUUGUUCUUGAAUCAGACUAAUGAAAUAGUCAUCAUUGAUUUUCACCGAUUCCCUAUUGGAUUCAAUGAUAAAAUCCACGAAGAGUUUGCUAAAUUUUUAAAGCAAGAACUCAACGAUUUGGUCUACCACAAUUACAAAAAAAAGACAACAUUUAAAAACAUUUGGAACAGCGGAAAACGUCUGCUGAUUUCUUACAGCACAAGAAACAUUCAUUCAAAUCAAAAAUUCAUGAAACCGCCCGUAAAACAAUACUGGGGAGACAAACAGUCGUUAUCAAGUCUGUAUAGCUACUUGCAAUCACGGUUACUCAAUCCGACCAAAUCUAAAGAAUGCAGUGCAAUGAUGGCCGAGUUAACACCGACAUCUUUGAUAGUCAUAUUUGAUCUGAUGGGAGGGCUGAGAAAAAUGGCUAACACCGUCAACACUAACCUCACGUUAGAGUUUCACAAUGAAUGGUCAGAAAAAGCGAACAUUAUUGCUGUUGACUUUGUUGAAAGUAUUGGUAUCGUAACAGCGGCGAUUAGAAGCAAUGUGAUCAAACAUUGUAAAAGAAAGUUAUAAAGAUGUAUGUAUACAUAUAUAUAUUUUUUCUUUCAAAAAGCCUUUAAACCAUUAAGUUAAUCAUUAUUAUAAACCAUAUUUUUAAGUUUAUGAGGGUAUUAAAUGUAUUUUUGGUACAGUAUAAAAUAAAACAGAAAGUGUAAA